GUGUAGGUAGGUUCCUCGUCUAUUUUGAUUUUCCCGUGCUCGGCCCCUCUCCUCGCUCUAUAAUAUCCCCUCUCACCGUCCCACCUACUCGCUUCUUCUUCUUCUUCUUCUUCUUCUUCAACAAUUGGAAUCGAGCGGUGGCGAUCUCUAAGAACAGUGACAUCUUUGCUUCUUCAUCUCAAUCUCGCUAACGAUCUCUCGAUCUUUUAAUCGCGCAUCGGAAGAACAACAUCGGAGGAGCGUGCGCUUCGAGUCCUAGGCAAUGCCAUAUAAACAUCGGAGGAGAUAUAGUACCAUUGAAAAGAUUGCAUAUGGGAGAAACGAUUCGCUCUUGCUCCAGGAUCUUCAACCACCUGAACUUGACCCAGGAAGUCCUAAACUAAUGUUUCGUCCAAUCACUGUCAUCUUUGUUGAUAAUGAUGCACUGGCGAAUGCGUCAUAUUUGCCAUCUAAUAUGGUUAGUCCUGAUACAUCAUCUCCGAGACUUUUUUUGAUUAACCUAGAUACAGACUUCCGAAUGUCCAGUUCAUCUGGCAGUGGUAGUGAGGCAAGUAGUUCAGGACAAGGCAAGAAAAAUUUGUCCAGUUCUGUCUCAAGUACCUCAGGUAAUGCUUCCCCCAUCUCUGAUAACACAAAUGUAGUUAGUUCAGAUUUUUUGGUUGGUCUCUUUCCAAAGGAGGAGAAUAAAGCUAAAAGAAAAUCAAGAAAGAAAGACCAGAAGAAGAGGAAGCAACGUAAACGAGUUACAUCUACAAGGGAUCCCAACAAGUCAGUUGUUCAAUGCAAUGCAAAGAUGCCUAUGACCUCUGCUUUUGAGACAUCUGCCCCCAGUUCACUUUGCUCUUCAGACAAACAUCUCCCAGGUAGUAAUUUGUCAGAUGAGGUAGCCGUUAGUUUGUUGGACAAGGAUGAUAGUGCAAAUACUAAUAAGUUUGUUGACUGUCCAAAUUCACUCUUGUCUACAUCAUUCAGUGAUGAGAUCGAUGAUUUUGAAACAGUACCAUCUUCUGAAAGAUCUAGUGAUGAUUUACACUGGACCACUACCACUUGGCUUCAUUCAUCUGGCAAUUUUAAAAAUGAAGAAGCAUUACCAUUUUCUUUUGAUGGGGGGAAUGGAGGAGAGAAUUGCAAAGAAAACAAUAUCUGUGAUGGAAAUUCUCCCAUGGACAAGACGAACAAUGACAUGAGUGAGAACACUAGUGAUGAUACUGUAAUAGAGUUACCAGUUAAGGAUGAAACUGGACCAAGCUCUUCAGAAGUACCAAAGGAUCCUCAUAGCUAUGCUGCAUGUUUUUCAAAUAAUGUCCUUGAUGCUUACUGCGGUACUGGAAGAGCAGAUUACAUCAUCCAGGAUGACAGCAGCAAUGGUUUCCAUGUUGUUAUUUCUGGAAAGAGAAGAAGAAGGGCUAGAAGAAGGAUGAAUAAUGGAGCUUUGAAUGGAGAAAAUAUGCCCAUUAAUGCAAAUAUACAUAGUAACAUGGAGAAAGAUUACAAUUACUCCAUUUGGCCAAAGCUCCAAAAAUUUGGAGAGGAAUGUUCUAAACCUAACAGGGUCAAAGUUUCAUCUUCACACAGCAAGCUUGCAAUGAAGGAUGACAAGAUGAAAUCAGAAGAUAGGAAAUUUAUUGAGCCAAAGAAAAAACAAAGUGGAAUAACCCCAUGUUCAGGUGGAAAUUCCAAAAUAGAGGCAAGCCUAGUAGCCUCUAGAGAAUCCAAGGCUAGUGUAACUAUCACUAAAUCUACAGUUGGAAACUCUGUCACUGGUGUUAUGUGUGAAUCUAACUCAAUUGCCAAACAAGCAGAGCAUAAUGAUUGGAAUGUAACUUGCACUGCUAAAGCUGAUGUGCCGAAUGGUAUUCAGCAAAGAGAAGGUUUGCAGAAUCCACAACCCGUACAACUUAAUAUCCAAAGUAAAACUGGAUCAAAAUCACCUGGCAAUGAGGUAUCUGGAAGAUGUGUUUCUAAGCUGACUGAUAAUGAACUGGAGAAGAGAGUUCCUGUUCCCACAGAGGAAUUUUUUUGUCACAAUAAACUUAGCUAUAUUCCAACCACAACAAAUCAGCUUGGUCAGGGGAAGAUUGAAACUAUUUCUGUAAGUGAUACCAAAAUGAACUCUGAGGACACAGUAGGUUCCAUUGUAGGUAAUGAAGGUCAAGAACUCAUAAAGCCUUGUUUUGGAAGUUACAAAGAAUCAAACAAUUUGAACAGCAUUAGUACCUCAACACAGAAUAGAAUUCCUGUUGUGACAAGAACUUCAGCAGAUAUUAACAAGAUAAUGAUAGCUCUUAAUGAUGUAUGCAAACAGCAAAGAGUAGUGGAAUAUGCUCAAUUGAUGAUUGGCUAUCCAAUUGCUGAUUUUGAGAAAUUUCUUUUUUCUGCCUCUCCAAUUAUUAGACAAACAGAAGGCCAGAAUAUCUCCUUGAAGAACAUUUGGAAAUGGUAUGAAGAACCUGGUUGCUUUGGGUUGGAAGUGAGUGGACAAGAAUUUUGCGAUUCAAGAAGACUGCCCAAUGGGUAUUUGGACUUCACUGCCUAUUUUGUGCCAUAUCUCUCUGCUGUACAACUAUUUGGGAUGUCUGUUAGUAGCAGAAAUUGCAAUCUGAAUUCUCAGGUGGAUCAGACAGAUAAAUCUUCAAAAUCUUUGGGUUCUCACUCCACUUUAACAUUGAUGCUGCAAAACUCUUGCAAGAGUGCAGAUGUAUGUUUGUCAGACUUCUCUUCUGAGGGAGAUUUAUCUGAUAAAAACACUCCUGUUAAUCAGGCAGAUCUCAUUUUUGAGUACUUUGAAUCUGACCUACCCCCUAGGCGCCCACCAUUAUUUGACAAGACCAAUGAACUAAUGGCUGGUGAUACAGCUUCUGAUGGAUGUAUAUUUGGAAAUCCAUCAGUUUUGGAAUCUAUUGAACUGCAAGAUCUUCAUCCUGCAUCUUGGUAUUGUGUUGCAUGGUAUCCCAUAUAUCGUAUACCUAUUGGUCGUCUUCGUGCCGCCUUUCUGACUUAUCAUUCUCUGGGAAAUUUCACUCGUGCUGGUAAUCCAGCAGAUUCUCCUGGUGCUUGUGACACUCUGGUUUCUCCAGUUGUUGGUCUCCAGUCAUACAACGAUAUGGGUGAGAAUUGGUUUCGACCAAGGAACAUGGGUUCAAAUGUUCCCUGUACCAAUCCCAGUACUUCAGAGCUGGUAAAAGAGAGGUUGAGGGCGCUGAGGCAAACCGCUGCUGCAAUGUCAGGCACUAUAGUUUCAAAGGGUGACUCUCGGUCUGUGAAUCGGCAUCGAGACUAUGAAUUCUUCGUAUCGCGGAGCAGAUAGAUUGCUGAGAUGUUUUCUUUUCCCCCAUAAUUCUGCAAUAUUCCCUGAAAUGCUAAUUACAAUUGUCCAUCUUAGAGUCAAGACUGCAACUAGAACAAGGCGAUCGAGAACAAUUCUCACAUUAACGUUUUUUUUCCCUUCAAUUUUCAACUCUUGAAAUAAGAUUCAGACUUGCAGACUUAAGCUCUCAUUUCAACUGGUUUGAGCCUUGUU